AUGAGUUUCUCACCACCAUCGCCACCACUCCUCAAUCUAACACAACCCUUUGCGUUUCCUCCAAAUUUGUUACCAGAUGAUGCCAGCCCCGAAUGGAUGAACAAGGCCGACAAUGCGUGGCAGCUCGUAGCGGCAACGCUAGUCGGCUUGCAGAGUGUCCCGGGGCUUAUAAUCUUGUAUGGGGGUGCUGUGAAGAAGAAAUGGGCGGUGAAUUCCGCAUUCAUGGCGUUAUAUGCUUUUGCGAUGGUUCUUGUUUGUUGGGUUUGUUGGGGAUACCGACUUUCAUUUGGUGAUGAACUUAUUCCGAUUUGGGGAAAACCGAAUGCUGCUGUUGAGCAGAAGUAUCUUCUUGAACAAGCGUUUCUGGGAAUGUUUCCGAACGCGACUAUGGUCUUUUUCCAGUUUGUUUUUGCUGCGAUCACAUUGAUUUUGAUCGCGGGUGCGGUUUUGGGACGGAUGAAUUUUUACGCAUGGAUGUUGUUUGUUCCGCUUUGGCUAACGUUUUCGUACACCAUCGGUGCAUUCACCAUUUGGUCUACAAAAGGUUGGCUCAGCAAAAUGGGAAUCAUCGACUAUUCUGGUGGUUACGUUAUCCAUCUGUCUUCCGGUGUUGCUGGUUACACCACCGCUUAUUGGGUCGGUCCUAGAUUGCAAAUCGACAGGGAAAAGUUUCCUCCCAACAACAUCAUACUGAUGUUAGCCGGUGCGGGUCUGUUAUGGAUGGGAUGGACCGGGUUCAACGGUGGAGACCCUUAUGUCGCUAGUGCAGAUGCUUCCUUAGCCGUUUUGAACACUCAUGUGUGUGCGGCUACAAGCCUGCUCACGUGGCUCAUUCUUGAUGUAAUUUUCUUCAAGAAACCCUCAGUCAUCGGAGCAGUUCAGGGCAUGAUCACUGGUCUAGUUUGCAUCACCCCUGCAGCCGGGGUGGUGCAAGGUUACGCAGCGAUUGCAAUGGGAAUUUGCUCGGGAUCGAUCCCAUGGUUCACGAUGAUGGUGGUGCACAGGAAGUUCGAGAUACUCCAGAAAGUCGACGACACGAUGGCGGUGUUGCACACACAUGCCAUCGCUGGAAUCUUGGGCGGUAUCCUCACGGGCCUCUUCUCGGAGCCACAUUUGUGCAAACUGUUCUACGGAAGUACGAGUAAAUACAUGGGGUUAUUCCACGGGUUGCACCUUGGGACAUCGGAGAGUAUCCAUUGGGGAUUUCGGCAAAUGGGGAUUCAACUGCUCGGGAUUUUGUUCGUGGUGGUUCUUAAUAUCAUUAUGACGAGUUUAGUGUGCUUAUUUGUGCAAAUAAUUGUGCCUUUGAGGAUGUCCGAUGAGGAGCUAGAAGUCGGAGAUGAGGCAGUUCAUGGAGAAGAAGCUUACGCUAUUUGGGGAGAAGGUGAUAGGCUCGAGAACCAAAGGUACUCGAGUUAUUAUAACGAUAUCGAAUCCCCAAGCAAGGCUGGUGUGAGUUCAAUUGAAAUGACAUGA